GCCGCAAUCCGCAAUCGAAGCGGCUCCCUUUUUUAAUGGCUAAUCCGGAAUCAAAGCAGUCCUUUCCGGAUUACAAUCAGAAACAGGCCCUCUUUCGAAUCCAGCAGCUAUAUAAUCUCUGGCCGGGCGGCACCGCGGCACCCGCCAGUCUUUGGAGAAGACGCGCAGCAACAACUCUAGACGAUCAGUUUUUAGACUGACCGGCGGCAACUUGGGCGAUGGCGAGGACUAGUCGCCGGCGACGGGCUGCCAAAUUGAUGGCCAAACCAUCGGUCAAGGCGGAAUCCUUCCUCGACGAGCUGAAAUAUAAUGAAGAUGAUAGGCUCAGCAAGUUGCCCAACGACAUACUGGUCAACAUUCUUGACCGUCUCAAUUGCCGUGACGUUACAAGAACCAGUGUCCUCUCCAGACAUUGGAGUCAGCUUCCUGCCAAGCUUUCAUGGCUUAAAAUAAGUGCUCGCAAUUUCAUGCCCUCACAAACUAGCGUAUCUGAUGAUGAAUUGGAUGAAAAAUUGGCUAAGAUCAAUACAUUGCGUCGGAUCAAUGCAAUCAAUGCAGCCAAUGCAGCCGUGGUCAAAGCGACAAAGAGCAUGCUGGAACACAGGGAUCCUGGUGGAUGCACCAUCCGCCUCUUGAGCAUGGCGUUCUACUUGAGAGGUGAUGCCCCCAUAUCCAUUGGGCAUACUGUUGGCAAUGCCAUGGCGACACACAAGGUUGAUAAAGCCGAAUUCACAGUUUUGACAGAGAAGGAACACACGCUCAUUCCUGAUGAUGUGCUGAACUAUGGGACACGGUUUGUGUCAUUUUUUAAUGAGUGCCUCAAUGCAUUUGCUGGUCUCACACGCCUCGAGCUGGCGAAUUUGAGGUUCCCUGAAUCGGACUUUGUCUCCAGCAUCCUUGUCACUUGCAAGCAAUUAAAUUAUUUAGGUUUUCACAAUUGCGACACAUCGGAUUGGAUAACGCUCCAAGUUGAACACGCACAGCUCAGUGAGCUCAGUAUUUUCGAUUGCCGGUUUGACAUGGUCGAACUCACCUGGGUUCCCAAUCUCACCUGCCUGGCGUUUUUGUUUUGGAGAUCUUCACAAGAACUACCACUGUCACUGGGCUACGUCCCAUUGCUUGGGGUGCUGAGACUUUCAAAUAUUGCUCGCACUAUGCACAAAAUGGUCAAGCUGAGUACACUGCUUCAUGAGACCUCUGUUCGAGACAUGACGUUGGGGUUUAAAUGUGAAAAGAUUUGGGUUCAACCAGAGUGUUUGACCAGAAGGCAGGCACAUGUGUUCCAGCAACUAAGGAUUCUCAAUCUAGUUAAUAUUCCUGAAGGGUAUGAUCUCACCUGGACAAUGUUCUUCUUGGAAGCGGCGCCGUCCCUGGAGGAGCUCUACAUGACGGUAAUUGAUCAUCCAUGUGAAAUGCUAAUGGAUGAGGAGUUAAGGAGGGAGGAAUUUUAUAGCGAUAACAAGGGCGUCGAGUGGGAGUCACCUACAUCAAAUUUCAAGCACCACCGUCUGGCCAAGCUCACCAUCUUCUGCUUUCAGUCUGAAGACUACAUGAUGAGUCAUGUCAGGCGUGUCAUGGAAGCAGCGGUGAAUCUAGAGGAUGUCUACUUGUUUGAUAGACUGACAUGUGACGGAUGCCGAGGCGUGACGCCUUUAAAGCCGAUAAGGUUCCCGGCGGAAAGUAGGCACAGGCGUUGGGUGGAGAAGCAAAUCAGGAAGGGGGGCAUCGAGUCACUUGCCACAAUCCACUUCCUGGGGACUGAUGCAAUAAGGGGUGAUAUUCUUGCAAGGAUAGCUACAGGAUACUAGAGGCAGUUUGUUUAACAGCAGUCUGUUGGAGUCGGUACUACCCUAGAAAAAGUGGUCGGGUGUGCAUUUCCUUAUUUGGUCUGUUUGUGAAGUUGCAAUGCCUGUUGAAAGUGAUUGCGGCACUAUUGUUGGUGAAUUCAAGAAUUUUAUGAUCCAAUUAAAUUUUAGACCAAAGUUUGUAGGGUUAUAUGUAAUGGGGCUGAUCAGUAGAUAUGGUUCAUUGAGCACAGAUCUGAAAGGGAAACGUGUUUAUGAUCAUGUGCCCCCUUCGUCAACCGUAUAACUAUAUUGUUGCAGUAACUUGGGUGUCAUUUGGCUGAA